GUGUGACCAUAAUCGGGGCUUGUUGUGCAGAGCUGGCGACCAUCAACUAUCGAUAAGCUAUGAGUGAAUUUUUACCUCCCAAUGGGUGGUAGCACUUACACAUUUUGUAAACAACAUUUUAGCCCGCGACUGAAAUGGAAAUUCUCAAUGAAGAUGCAACGAAAACAGUGUCUAGGACUCCAAAAAGUGGCAUGUCCUUGGGCGGGAAAAUCCUGAUAGCGGCCACGGGAGGAGUGGGCAUUGGCCUGUCGAUUGUGUGCGCCUCCUUUGUGGCCCCGGCAUUCCGAAGGAUUUGCCUGCCGUAUGUGCCAGCCACCAGCGAACAAAUACAGAAUGUUUUGAGCUUCCUGCCCAAGAACGCGGCCGGAAAACUGCUGGACAUCGGAUCCGGAGACGGACGCAUCGUGGUGGCGGCGGCCCAGCACCAUAAAGCUUUAAAAACAGACGGCGUGGAGCUGAAUCCAUGGCUGGUCUACUACUCCCGCCUGGCUGCCCUGCGCCACGGGGUAUCCAAGCAGACGAGGUUCUUCCGCCGGGAUCUCUGGAAGUUCGAUAUCAAAGAUUACGACUUCGUGGUCAUCUUCGGCGUGGAGCAGAUGAUGCAGGAUUUGGAGCACAAGCUGAUCGCCGAGUGCCCCCACAACACCAAGAUCAUCGCCUGCCGAUUCCCCCUGCCCAACCUGCAGCACGUGAAGAUCAUCGAGGAUGGGGUGAACACCGUGUGGUUCUACGAUCUGAACAAAAGCUAGCGAGAGUGUUAUUAAAUUGGUAUCUUUAUUGUUUUCCACGUUAUGAAAACGACGCUUAAGAUAAAUGCUAGAAGGGCUGGUCAGUAA